AAAUCAAGACUCCACUUCCAACCACUUCUAAAUGCUCCCCAAAGGCAGCUUUAUCCACUGAUCUUUAAUAAUCCAAAGUACUUUUCAUUGUCCCUUCCUUCGAAUCCUAAGUGUUUGCCCACAUGCACUACAGCAGCUCUCGUAUGUGUUCAGAGGGCUAUGUGACAUCAUGGGAGAAGUUCCAAGUAAAACAAAACUCAUCGUCCAUCUACCCUGUAAUAAGAAAAAUUUAGUUGUUAGCUGUCAUCUAAAUUCCCUAGUUUUCCAUAGAUUUGUUUGUUUCUAUAAAUGAGGAAGGCUAGUGAGCCUUAAAAUACACAACCAAGGCUUUUCAUAGAAACAAAAUUGACAUUUAAGUUGCAUUUGCUGUGUCUAUGUAGAUAAGUGAAAUACUGGUUCCCUACCCAACUGAUGACAUCAUUUGGGGUAGCCAGUAUGUGAGAUCAGGUCAAUGAAAAAGGACUAAGCAAAACAUGCCUGUUCUUGAGAGGCUUAGUAUAGUUGAAUAAUUUCAGUUCGCUGUUACUGACCUCUCCAUGCUGUGUCCCAGGCAGACAUGUAAGCCAAUGAUUAACAGUUAUGGGUGCUCAUAGAAGGAGUGCAGUAGCAGCAUUCCAAAGGUUUGAUGGAAGCCUCAUGAUCUCUGCGAAUGGGAGAGGAGCCAUUCUGAAAAGGAAAGUAAGAAUGGUGGUCAUCGGUGUCACUGAAUUGUCAUUCGAGAAGUGGUUGCCUUGGUGUGUGUUUAGCUGUCUUGUUUCUGCAGCGGUGGAAAAAUGAUGCAUGACUUUUUAUAUACUAGUGUGAAUAUGCUGUGCUGCACUCAAGGUAAUGGAAAUACUGAAAGAGAUGUGCGGGAAGGAGAUUAAAGACAUGGAACGUGAAUUUGCCUGGAAUUGAUGAUAACCAGAUUAGUACAGGAGAGAAACCAUCUAAACAAAAUUAUGAGAGAUAGGUUCUAUUAGUUCAGUUGUCAGAAGGUUGUACUGAGUAAUGUUAGCUGCCAUCAAGUUGGCCCUCCACCGAAGGUGGUCCCAUAUGCAAUGGAACCCUGCUGCCCAGUCCAGCAUCCUCCUCACAGCCGGUUGCAGAUUAGAACAUUUUCAUCCAUGGGCUUUUUGUUGGCUGGUUUUAGAGAUUGCCAUGCCUUUCUUCUUCGUCUAUCUUGGGCAUGAAGCUGUGUAAUGAACGUGCACAACUUGAAUUAUGGAGAGAGAAUAGUUGAGGAGUCAGGCUUGAUUAAGGAAGGGUGGCUAAUCUGGUGUUUAUGUGUUGAGUGAAUUGAAAUAUAGGAGAUUGGUACACUUGUGUUAAGUACUAGCAUAGAAAUAAGGGCUUAGAUUGGGUUCAAUGAAUCCAGUGGGACUGGACCAAAAAAAGUGAACAGGAUUUAGUUAAUUUAUGGAAAGAGAAAAGGAAGCAUCAGAUUUCACUUUCAAGAGCUUACACAACUUGACAAGAUGAUUUUAGGCUGAAGUGAAGUCAGAGAAGGGGCUGCAGGUUGGAGAAGGCGUGUGGCUCUAGAACUGUGAGGAAUAAGUGUCUCGUGGGGUGGAUAUGACUCAGUGGAGGGUAUUGAGUCAGAGGCUUCUGUAUCAACGAUCAGGUUGGAGAGAUUCAUUAGCUGUGAUGGAAAAAGCACAGAGCCGAGUGUUCUUAAUUCUUUUCUGUAUGGGUGUAUCAUGUGCUGCUUCCCCCCUUGAAUUGAAUUACCUUGCUAGAGAUUGUGAAUUACUGUUUUCUAUAUUUCAUGAACAGCGCCUUUGAUCACUGUUACUUUGUAUGAGACUACCAUUUGCUCAUUUUUCUAAGAGUCUUGUCCCUUAAUUGCAACCUCUCAACAUCUGUCCUUUUUUAAAUCUCUUCAGAUUACUGGGAGAAGAUCUGUUCUGGAUACUUUUCACUUUGAAAACGUGCUGCGAUAGGGUGAUAGGAAGGCAUGCUGGACUUGCCCCAACAGCCUGAGGAAGACUUGAGAGUUAGAACCUGCUGGCUCUGAUCGUCACCCUAGAGCACUGUCCUUCAGGGUUGAGCCAGUUCUCCCUGUCGGCCGGCCAUGCUUUCAGGAGAAGGGUGCUUGGUGGCUUUGAUCGUCACCCUAGAGCACUGUCCUUCAGGGUUGAGCCAGUUCUCCCUGUCGGCCGGCCAUGCUUUCAGGAGAAGGGUGCUUGGUGGGUGGGAACUUCCUCCUGCAGAGUGGCGAGUGGUCUGCCCUUCCCUUUGUUUGUCUCAGUCUCUUGUUGCUCCUGCCCACAGGGAUCCAUAUGGCUUUGGAGACAGUCGUGAUACGAGACAUGAUACAAGACACGAUCGCUCCCCAAUUCGGGGAAGUCCAAGGAGGGAGCCCAGGAAUGGCCGGGAUGCUCGGGAUCACCGAGACCCGCGGGACCACAGAGAUAACAGAGACCUGCGGGACCGGGACCACAGAGACAGCCGAAGCAUGCGUGAUGCCCGGGACAUGAGAGAUCCUAGAGAUUUCCGUGACCUAAGAGACUCUAGGGAUUACCGAGACCACCGGGAGCCUGUGUAUGACAGAUACAGGGAUAUGAGAGACCCUCGAGAGCCCGUGUACAGAAGAGAAGGCUCUUAUGACCGCUACAUGCGAUUAGAUGACUUUGGCAGGAGGAAGGACGACUCUUACUCUGACCCGUACAGAGAUAACUUUGAUGGGCGGGGCCCUCCAGGCCCAGACAGCCAAUCUCGUGCAAAAGAGCGUUUGAAGCGUGAGGAGCGCCGUAGAGAAGAGCUUUAUCAUCAAUAUUUUGAUGAAAUCCAGAGACGCUUUGAUGCUGAGAGGCCUGUUGAUUGUUCUGUGAUUGUGGUCAACAAGCAGACUAAAGAUUAUGCUGAAUCUGUGGGGCGGAAGGUCAGAGACCUGGGCAUGGUCGUCGACUUGAUCUUUCUCAACACAGAGGUGUCACUGUCACAAGCCUUGGAGGACGUCAGCAGAGGAGGCUCUCCCUUUGCCAUUGUCAUCACCCAGCAGCACCAGAUUCACCGUUCCUGCACAGUCAACAUCAUGUUUGGAACCCCACAAGAGCAUCGCAACAUGCCCCAGGCAGACGCCAUGGUGCUGGUGGCCAGGAAUUAUGAGCGCUACAAAAAUGAGUGCCGGGAGAAGGAGCGUGAAGAAGUGGUCAGACAGGCAACCAAGAUGGCUGAUGAGGCCCUUAUACAAGAAAGGGAGCGAGGCGGCCCCGACGAGGGCUUGCGUGGGGGGCACCCUCCAGCCAUGCAGAGCCUCAUCAACCUGCUGGCAGACAACAGGUACCUCACGGCCGAAGAGACAGACAAGAUCAUCAACUACCUGCGGGAGCGGAAGGAGCGGCUGAUCAGGAGCAGCACCAACUCUCUGCCUGGCACGAUUUCCCGCCAGCCUCUUGGGGCAACCUCGGGUGCCUCACUGAAGACCCAGCCCAGUUCCCAGAGUGGCCAAGCACUCCCCUCUGCUACCCCAACUCCAGCCGCCACCUCCGCCUCCCAGCAAGAGCUUCAGGCCAAAAUCCUCAGCCUCUUCAACAGCGGUGCCGUUGCCGCCAAGAGCAGCCCUGUGGCGCCAUCAGUUGCCGCUUUGAGCACUCAGAACCAGAAUUUUUCCACAGCAGUGAACAGCCAGCCUCAGCCAAGAUCCCAGGCCUCUGGCAGCCAGCCUCCAAGCAUUUUGGGACAGCCGGGAUCUGCCCGGGGCCUGGGCCCCAGGCCUGGGGCUCCUUCCCAGGGAGUCUUUGGCCAGCCUUCCAGUCACCUGGCACCUGUCAGCACCAUGGCUAGCCAGAGGCCCGUGGCUUCCACGGGUAUCAACUUUGACAAUCCAAGUGUACAGAAGGCUCUGGAUACCCUGAUCCAGAGUGGCCCUGCUCUCUCCCACCUGGUUAGCCAGACCACCGCCCAGGUGGGGCGGCCCCAGCCCCCCUUGGGAUCUUUCCAGAGGCAUUACUGAGGCUAACCUUACUCCAUACCCUGGGCCCCCCUCUGGCCGCCGCCCACUUAAUGCGUUCUAAAUAGUUGUUUGGAAGAUGUUCUUUGCGCCUCUCCAGGUCCACAUUAAGUGUCUUGAGUUUCUGCCACCUGCUGCCCCUCUGCCCACGGCUGUUGCUUAGUCCUUUGAGGCUGCAUUGGUUGGUUGGUUAUUAGAGAAUAAAUUUAUCUAGGGUAGUUGGGUGUCUGGGCUCAGAUUAGAUUCGGUGGGAUCCUUGGGCUCCUCUGGUCAGCUGGAUUUGGCGGCAAAAAGGAAGGAGAAACCGAGCCCCGCUGACUGAGUUUGGAUGGCACUUUUCACCGCAGCAGGCACUAGCAUUGUUCUUCUCUAAGCUAGCCUAGGCCACCCGGCGCUCCCAGGCAGCUGCAGGAGGCGGGUCAGGGAGCUCCCUGCAGCGUAAGGAUGCAGGGGGAGUUCUGAAUGCCCCGGGCAGCCUCUAGCAGGAACUGAGGCUUGGUUUGGGUUUUUAUUUCCUCCUUUAAUUUGCAUUUUGUUGGAGAUUAUGGUCACCAGACGUUGACUCAGACUGUGAAUCUGGGCCCUGGCCGCCCUUCACCCUGUCAGCUCUCUCGGCCUGCCCCAGUGGUAGGCUCUCGGACUAAGUGCGAGCUGUGACCACUGGUUUUUUUUCCCAGUGAUCGAUUUGAGCUUUCAGCUCAAAAAGUAGGCCCUUGUUUUUGUCUCGGUUCUUAUUCUCUGAGCAGCAGGAGCAGGCAGGGACCAUUUUGAUAUCCGACUUCUGAUGGCUGGGUAUGCUCUUCAUACCAGUGAGACUUCAUGCAUUUGGAGCCAGAAUGAACUUGUUGGCAGACAGGCCGUAAAUGCAGCCAGAGGGGGCGCUCCUCCCAAGGGAGGGGGUUCCUUAGAGCCUGUGGCUCCAUCUCAAGGGGCCCCAGCAGGGGCCAGGGGAUAACGGUGAUCUCAGCUUACUCCCUGCCCUGCUGGUGGCUGAGCAAACAGUGACUUCAGAAACAAGGUCCCCAGAGGGCAGCAUUUUCUGUUCUGACUUAUUUGUGUUCAUAGUGUUUUAAAGUUUGUUUUGUUUUGGUGUCCCUCUUUGGAACUCUUGUCUGUUGUUAAUAAAAUGAAAUGAUUACUUUUUAAUUAAAAUGAAAAAGUAAAA